AUGGCUGCCGAGUUAGGGCUCAAAAAGAAGGCUUUAUUGCGAUAUCUCUGGCUGUUUCCUCUGAUCGCAGGCACCUCUUGGGGUCUGACACUUUCUAUUCUCCUGAUCUAUUGGCUUGCCCAAGGCCGUCCGCGGUACCCGGAUCAAUGGAAUCCAUAUGUUGCGUACAUCUCUAACAUCGCCGCAUUCGAGCUCAAACCGGUGUUCAUCACGGGUUGCACGAUAACUGCCGUCAGCUUUGCCCUGACCGUCGUCGCUGUCCACUAUGCCCGUUACUCUAGUCACUUAUAUGGGCUCGUCGAGGAUGCGAAAUGGAAGAAGAGCACCUCGGUGUUUGCGAUGCUAUGCGGCCUCUGGGCGUCUCUAUCCUUGCUCUUGCUCACCAUCUACGACACCUACCACGCUGCUGACCGACACCGCAUCUUGCUAUUGUCUUGUUUCGCAGGGCUGGGCAUCACCUUGAUCACUACCGGCGUUGUAUGGUUUGACCAAACAUGGGGUCCUUCAAGGCUAGAGGGUCUGCGGAAAUGGUUGUUGCUGCCUCUCUUCCUGGCUUCCGUGCUCAGGUUCCUGAAGGACACUGAGACUGACAAAUCUCGAAUCAGGUGCAUAGCGAGCAAUGUUUUGGUCGUGGUUAUCGUCGCGCUGGCAACUUCAUUCACGGUCUUGUUGUACAACUCGUGGUGGAAGACUGCCAGGAUACUCGAAUGGGUGCUGACAUAUAUGGGUGCAUUCUGGCUGUUGACCUUUAUUGGAUAUUUGAAGGACGUCAAUAUUGGCACUGACGAGGAUGACUUGGAGAGACGACCUUUGCUGGUCUCGGAUGAUGGAGAGUGA